AUGGAGCAAUCUAAAGUUCCUCCGUACGGCACCACCAACGGCGAACCGCAACGCUCUAAGAAGACCAAGACUGGCAAUUUGAAACAGAAGAAGAAGGCUACAAGAGCCAGAGCUGCAGCUGCAGCGGCCGCGGCCGCCAACCAGAACGCAACACCUCCGCUCGAAACCGCGCAGGACGGCGACGAGACUACGCUAGUCAACGACACGGCUUCCAAAAUGUCACAAAACAUUGAGAAAGAGAGUGGGCCUGCAUUCAACGGCGUAGAGGCUACAAUUAUUGCCAACUCUAUUGCGCCGACGGCAUCAGCCACCCGGCUUGAAGACUGUCUGCAAGGCCCAGAAGUCGAAGUCUACCACAACACCGCCACGGGUAGAGAACUCAUUGACAAGAUCCAUCUCCGGCUUCUCACGCGCCUUUCCAUAGCCGCAGAAACCGCCUUCAGCUCUCCUCCGACUCUGGUAGGUGCUGCUCCAGACCAAUAUAUCAUCUCCACCACCUCCAACACCAGUUUCGCACUCAAAGUCAUUCUCAAAUGGAUGAAAGACUGCGCCGCUGCCGGCGGAAUCUUGUGUCUCUCUGCCUUCCCGCGCAAGAAGCGUGGAAUCACAAUCCUCGACCUCUAUCGCGUCUACGAGACGGCGCGCAAUAUGAAGGUUCGGACUAGCGUAGUUACUAUCUUGAAUCGGAUCAAGCAACGCAUGUCUCAUGAUGUACUCGACGCGUACACACUUUCCCUGCUAUGGAAAAAUCGAAAAAAUCAUGCGGACUUGACGUCCCACGCGAUCCAGCAAAUGUGCUUCCACUGGGUAGCCGGCCACCACGGGGACUGGGAGGCCGUGGAGUUAUAUCUGGAGAAGGUCCCCAACCUGAAGGCUCAAGUGGUACAAGAGGGCCAGCUUAGACAACUCGAGUUUUUCAUGAAGAAGGAGGAUGAGCGCAUGGAGAUGGUGACAGAGAACGAGGAUAGCAUCUCGAAGGUCGAUGAGUGGAAGGUGGAGCUGGAGCAUGAGAAAGCCGAGCACGACACCACCUCGUGGGACUGGACCGAAGGUAAUCCCCUCAAGGAGAUCGGACUUUCGCCACCUGCCUCCGUCGGAAAGGGCGUCCCUUCCAGAGAGGUCAAGGUAGGCGAGACAUAUUUUGGACCGCCGAAAUAG